AUGCUUCACAGAUGGUGUGCUGAAGUACGUGCGGAAUUACCCUCGGGGUCCUGGUGCGACCCCGGACAACGGCGAACGCUCCGGCUUGCUGGGGUGAUCGCACUACAUAGGCGCCCACAGGUCCAAACAAUCACUCGCAAUCGGAGGCUGAUGCCCUGCCAUAUAGCAUUCAACUCGUCUCGCACAGCGCAACCAGCAGAUUCAGCACCAAGUGUCCCCACUACAGAACGCAGCACAGCUUGUAAUCCAAGAACCCGCGAACAGGAAAUAGGAAAAACACGUCAGAGCAUGCACGCACGAGUGGUUUACCACCCCGGCACUCCACCCGACAACCGACCGGAUUGCUCAAUCCCCGACACAACGAGCGGGCUCCCUACCGCAUUGAUCCGGAAAUGGAACGCAUUUACCGCCACACCCCCUAAGCUCAUCAUCAAUCGACGACUACUAGUCGUACCACCCACAGUAAUAUCCAACAUCAGCCCGAACCCAUAUUCCAUAUGUCCGAUGUUUGCGCCGACCGGCAAGAAAAUGCGUAACCGCCACGUCCCACCACCGCUCUCAAGCGCCACACACCAGCUCACAACCGCCCUGGUCUACUUUGACGGCGAACACACCCCCGUUCUGAGUGGCAGAGCGCAACACGCGGUCGAACUCGUCAAUUCUUGA